UUUCACCACUUCCUGGCCAAACUGGCUGUUUCUUGUCUACUGAAGUCUAGAUUAGAAGAAAUAAAUUCGGUCGUAAACAGUAAUCAUAGUAGAUCUACUAUUGACACUUUUGUGUUUUCACUUUGGAAUAUCAUUCAUUUAGUUCAUUUAGAAAGACUAGAUUAGAUCUAUUGGCAAUUCUAGUCUAAUUCAGUAAUUGUAAUUUUAAAAAUGACCCGUGGGAACCAGAGAGAGAAAGCCAGAGAAAAAUCUCUGAAAAAGCAAAAAGAAUUGGAAAAGAAAAAAGUGUCCAGUGCAAAGGAUGGCAACAAGGGAAUGUCUCUAGAGGAACGUAGAGCAAGAGAUGCUGAAAUAAUGCGCCAAAAGCAAGAGAAAAAGUUGGCUGAAGCUAGUGGUGGUUCACAAGAAGGCGCCACCGGUGGCGCUUCCAAAUAACCGGUAUUUUUAUCUGGUGUCUAAGUUAAUGAAUGACAGUCCAAAUGAAGUAAACUACAAAAUGUGUAUACCUGUAACUUGCUGAUAAAAUACUAACAUAAUUUUGCAAAACAAAAAUAAAAACAAUUUUGUUAUUGUUUUUUGUUUUUUUUUCUGCUAGGGACUUUUUUAUUUUAAAGUUAUCAUUGUGUUCUCUGUUUGACUUGGUCCCUGUCAUUAACAGUAGCCACACUCUGUAUAUAAGUAUAUAUAUAUGCAUUAUAUUGUCAUACACAAUGAUACUCUGCAUAGCUGCAGCUCAUUCUAUUCAAUCGAUCAUGCAUGUUCAUUUAUAAAAACACAGUAGUGUAAUUCAUGCAAUGCCUGGAACAUUGCACAAGUUAUGUAACCUCAGGACUUUCUCUGAUUUGUAUAUCUGUCUCUCAAGUUUAGACAUACAAAAUUUGUGGAUUAUUUUCUAAUGAUUGCAUGUGAUAGAUCUAAGUUUAACAGGAACCAAAAAAAAAAGAUUUAUUGAUUUAUAAACCCUUUGGAACUGAUAUUAACACUGGACUGUAUUCUCUUUCUUGGUUGGACAGUGAAGAAUCUUUUCAUUUUGAUUUUAUGUAUUUCUCAUGAAUAUUAAUAAAAACAUUAAACUA